AUGGAAGGAGCUGAAUUCUGCUUCCCAGAGCUCCUCAACACCUCCUGCAGUAAAGCAAAGCAUUCACCCUCUGACCUGCUGCUUCUCUCCAUUAUUCUCGCUUUUAUUUCUUUUCUCACAAUGAUUCUGAACUUGCUGGUCAUCAUCGCUAUCAUGCACUUCAGGCAGCUUCGCACCUCCACAAAUAUCCUAAUUGUGUCUCUGGCUUUCUCAGAUUUCAUCAUGGGUUUCCUUCUGUUCUUUCUGGUUAUCAUGAUAGACGGCUGCUGGUACCUUGGCAACAUCAUGUGUGUUUUGUACAUCGUCUUGGGUUUUAUUGUUGCAUCUUCUUCAGUCGGAAACAUGGUCCUCAUUUCAAUUGACCGCUACGUAGCCAUCUGUGAUCCUUUACAUUAUCCCACUAAGGUCACUCUAAAAAGAACCCAAGUGUCUGUUUCUGUGUGUUGGACUUGUUCUCUUGUUUAUUCCACUGUGAUUUUAAAGGAGGAYCUGCAACAACCAGGCAGAUUUAAUUCYUGUGUUGGAGAGUGUACAUUUGAUGUCGGCCUCUCUGGACUGAUUGUUGAUCUUGUUUCAGUUUUUCUUCUUCCUGUUACUGCCAUCAUAGUUCUGUAUGUUACAGUCUUUGUGGUGGCUGUGUCUCAGAUUCGGGCCAUGCGCUCUCAUGUUGCAGUCGUCACACAUCAGCGUUCAGGAAAACCGAAGAAAUCUGAAAUAAAAGCCGCCAGGACUCUUGGGGUUGUUAUAACUGUGUUUCUGCUGUGCCUUUGUCCGUAUUUUUGUGUCUCAUUUUUGAUCGAAGACAGCUUAUUUAAUAGUUUAUCAGGUAUCUACAUUAUAUCAUUGUACUACUUGAAUUCCUGUCUAAACCCUCUGAUCUAUGCAUUGUUCUACCCCUGGUUUAGAAAAUCUGUCAAAAUUAUUGUAACACUGGAAAUUUUCAAAUCUGGCUCCUCAAAUGCAAACUUACUGUAA